GGGGGGGCUGGGCAGGAAGAGGCUGCAGCUGCUGGUGUCCCCAUGUGACUGAGAUCCGCCUCCCACAGCGAUGUCGGCCCAGGUGAAGGAUAAAGAGGCUUUCCAAAGGCUCAGCUUCCUCUACCAGGCAGCUCACUGUGUCCUCGCCCACAACCCCGAGAACCAGGAGCUGGUGCGAUUCUACUGCCACGCGCAGCGCAGCAUCAGCCGCAGGCUCGUCCUGAGACAGGACCCCUCGGUGAAGAGAACCAUCUGCAAAUCCUGCUCCUCCCUCCUGGUCCCUGGAGUCAGCUCCACGGUGCGCCAGAGAAGGCGCCGCGGCCGGCGCUGGUCAGUCGUACGGUGUCUCUGCUGCGGCCAGACCAAGUGCUUCCCAAGCAACCCCGCGUACAAGCUGUGGGCGGAGCAGCCUGAGGCUCUGCUGGAGAACCAGCCCCAAGCUGACCAGAAACCUGCAGCCCCCCAGGAUCCCCCGAAGGAGCCCUCAGCACAGAAGGCCAAAACCCCCAGUGUGACCUCCGGUCUCCAGAGCCGCCCCACCCCGCAGGGGACUACAGAGGCUGGGACCCGGGUGGGGAAAGGGGGCCCAAGCAGGAGGUGA